UUGCUGACAGAGAGUGGAAAACGCCCACGUAUCCGACUCGCCAACCUACUGCCGCUUGACGUCUGCUUUAAGGAGCUGGAGCAGCGAGGCUGGCUGGCGGCGGCAGUGAGCAAAGACCAUAUGAUCUUUAGUAGUGGAUGCCUGGAGGUCGGCGGCAGCGCUGGGAGUAAGUGAGGGAGCGAGUGCGUGAGCGGAGGACACUGGGCAGAUUCUCCGCGUCGACACUUCGGACACGAACGCUCCUCAAAAGAAAUUCCAAUUUUAAGCUGAGCUAAUUUUCACGUAACUAAGGAGAAAGUUUCCUUACAGCCAGAUCGAUACUGAAUUCGCAGCCAUUGCUACAAUGAGGCUGAGGUUUAUAACUACCAGCAUUGUUGCAUUUGUGGUCAUUCAGGCACUGACUUUGUUCUUCUUGUACUCCAGACAAAAUGUUGUUACAUAUCCAUCCGAAGAACAGGAUAGCAAAGUUCACAUCCUCAUUCUUUCUUCCUGGCGAUCGGGCUCAUCCUUUGUCGGACAAGUAUUCAGUCAACACCCUGAUGUUUUUUAUUUAAUGGAACCUGCUUGGCAUGUCUGGGUACAAAUGCAUCCAAACGGUGCAAAGGUCUUGAAAAUGGCUGUCAGGGAUCUGGUGCGAUCCACGUUCUUGUGCGACAUGUCAGUUUUUGAUGCAUACAUGAACGAAAACAGACCUGUAUCUCACUUAUUCCAGUGGGAAGUCAGCCGAGCCCUCUGCUCACCACCAAUGUGUAACUAUUAUCAGAGAACUGACCUAACGAACGACUUAAUGUGCAAGAAACACUGUAACAUGACCAAAUUUUUUAAAAUGGAGGAAACCUGCAAAAGCUACAGUCAUGUUGUGAUCAAAGAAGUGAGAUUCUUUGAGUUAAAGUCACUGCUUCCUCUCUUCACUGACCCCUCUCUGAACCUCAAAGUUAUUCAUCUUGUCAGAGACCCCAGAGCGGUGCUUAAAUCUCGUAACAAGUCCUUAUAUGCACUGUUACGAGACAAUGGUAUUGUUUUAGGCGUUGGAGCUAAACACAUAGAAAAGGAUAAAGGGGAAGAUUCAAAUUAUGAAGUCAUGAAAGAGAUUUGCAAAAGUCACUUGUUGAUUCAUGAGCUUGCCACUGAGGAAGCUCCUAACAUCCUGAAACAACGCUACAUGAUGGUGCGGUAUGAAGAUGUAGUUAGAGAACCACUCAAGGAGUUAUCAGCAAUGUAUAAGUUUGCUGGUUUAAGUUUGACUCCAAAACUUGAAUCUUGGAUAUAUAAUAUCACACAUGGAAAAGGAACUGGAUCAGCUUUCAAAAUAACGUCUAGAAAUGCUAAAAGCAUAUCAGAGGCAUGGAGAACUGAAAUGCCAUUUAAAGACAUUUUAAAAAUACAAAAGAUCUGUGGAAAGGCCAUGCAGAUGCUUGGAUAUGAACUGGUUCAAACUGAAUUUGAACAGAAACUUUUAUCUCGGGACCUCAUCCACCCGCAGAAAAAUCAAAAGUUUAGCUGGUUGACUUCUGAUGAGGAUGCCACGUAGGAUUGCAAUUUAUAUUUUCAUUUUGUUUUUACCUGUUAUUUCUGAUUUUAUUCAACUUUUGAAACUUGUAUGAAGUCCAGAACAAUUUUUAGCUCCUUACAUGAACACUUUUGAACAAUUAAAUUGCAAAAUUGUAACUGGCUUUGAAGGUGGGGCAGAUGUUUCCGUAUUAAACUUCUGUGAUCAUUUAACAUGGUCAUCAGGUACAGCUCUAACUGCAAGAUAAACAAGUGGAAAGAUUAUUCAAUGGGAUAUUUCAUAUUGGGAAGAUGUAUCUGUUAAAGUCUGGUUAAUAUAAUUUCUUUAGAUUAAUGAAGAUAAUUUGUCUCUUAUUUAAAUCUAACGUUCCACUUUGAUGUGAAGCAAACAAAAAGUGUCAUUAUUUUGUGCUGUCUCGGUACUUCUGGUGUUAUGUAAUUGAAUUACUGACAGGGCUUCAUCUAUGAAAAUCAUUGGUAUGUAUGCUGGGAUAUUCUGUGCUUAAAAUAAAUAAGCAUAAAACUUUAAGAAAUGCAUUAACAGCUUCCCUUGCACAUGUCCAGCGGAAUAACUCCUUUUAAUUGCAGGGUUAAUUUCAAGUUUACGUUUAUAAAGACUUUUAUCUUGAAAAUAAAAUGUUUGCCAAAUUGUCAGAA